AUGCCGCUGCUCGAUCUAUCGAACGAGUUGCUCUGCCUUGUAUCAGAGAACCUGCUUUCAGAGAGCGAUAUUAACGCCCUUGCACGAACCGACCGCCUCCUUUACGAUCUAACGAACAUACACCUCUACCGUUACAACGUACAACACUCUGAUAGCUCAGCGCUGUUAUGGGCUGCUAAACAUGGACAACUGAGCACGGCUCAAAAGUUGCUGGAGGAG